AUGGCGUCUGCUCGAGUUUUGGCUUGCCGACCCUCUCAGGCAGGCGCCACGGGAGUGAAGGGAGGUGUGCAACGGAGAGGUUUGCUGCCUUUGCGACUGCGUGUAUCCGUUCUAGCGCUUUUUGCCGCUACAGCUCUUUGUUCUGGCUCUUCAUCACCUCGCACCAUACAUGCACUGGCUGUGAAUUCUUUGUCCGCCGAAUGCGGAGCGAGCGGCCACGAGACCACUUGCAUCUGCGCCGAAGCGAGUCUAAAGACAAGCGAACAGAAAUCGAGUGCUGUUAUCUCGAAGGAGACAAAUGUGCUCGAGGUAGAUUGCAAGGGCGAACUAAAGUUCGCACCCACGGGGGCGGGAAACAGUCUUGUCUGUCCUGCAGGGUCAGACGGCUUAAACAACUGCCAGCUCGACAUUAACAAGCUUCUUACAAAGCAACAGAACGCUGUACAGUGGCAAAACUGUGACCAGGAGUCAAAGGUGCCGGAACAGUGCAAGAGCUUGACUAUCCCGGAAGAAAGCCUUCCGUUUGCCGACGAAGGUUUUUCUGUGGGUUGUGUCGACAAGACGCAAGGUGACAAAAAGCUAUGCCAAGUCGCUGUGACAAUCAAAGCCAGAGCUAGCGAGACAAACGGUCAGACUGUCACGUGUGCCUACGGCGCCAGCAGCAAUGAAUCUCGUCAAGCCGUCACGCUCAACCCAUCCAAGAACAGCUUCACUCUAGUCUGUGGAGACAAGGGAACCGUGCUGCCCACGAACUACGAGACCAAGUUUUGCUCUUCGGAUCCAGAGAAGGCGAAGGAGACUUGCGACGGAGACUACCAGUCGAUUCUGCCGGGAUUCGAGGAAGGCUGGUGGAAAAACGACGAUCCCACCGCCAACUCGUUCACUCUGUCGAUUCCGGUGGAGAAGUUCCCGAAGGAGCAGGCGAAGAUGGUCGUCGCAUGCCAGCAGGAAAAAGAGAGCUCGGGCAGCAAGACAGUUCAAUGGGAGGCGGCAACAUCCAGUGUGUGUAGAGUCGACGUUACUAUUGAGGCGGGUUCUCCUGCCUCCUUGUCCCUGGGCUCGCGGCACUUUUCCUCUUGGCUUCUGGCAUUCGCCGUCACCUUCGUAAUGGCUCGCGGCAUUUGA